GCAUCACAAAGAGAACAACAAACCUACUGUGAACUUAAUUUGAAAGUCUCUCUGAAAUGAGCAGCUGGGGCAAUGCUCCAGGUUACUUCAAAUAUUGCAUGUGCCCAUUUUGGCUCUACUAAUGAGAAUGUCUGGAAUGUGGAGGAUGGCAAUAAUUCACAGUAUGCAGACCAGACAAACUGCGGCAGACUCCGUUCCCGAUCUCUUUACAGCUCUGAGGAAACAAAACACUCAACAGGAAACACUGACCAGGACAGAAGCCACAUAAGACCUCGUUCAAGAUCAUUCUAUGUUUGUGACUCUGAUGAUGCAGGAAAGGAUGAUUUUAGCAGAUGCAAUCAUAUCAGACCAAGAGCAAGAUCACUACUCAGUGAGGAUGGCAAAAGAAACACUAAAAUCACUGCAAAGCCUCCGAUCAAAAGACCUAAAGGAAACUCAAGCGAACGAGCCAGCGAGGAUCUUACAGGAAAUAAAGAAAGUUUAAAGGGUGUAUCCAUGAUGACCGUUUCUGAGGUGGAUAACUGGGAGAUAAGCUCUUCUUCUGGGAUGAAAUAUGGUCAGUAUGUAGACUGGGAAAAGAUUGAUCCAGAAGCAGCCAUCUGUUAUAGGAAGAUCCUCUCAAGUGAUCAUUAUGAGCUCAAAGCAAUGGGCCGUACAGGAUUCUGGUCCAUGCCUCAUACUCUCAGAGCCAAGGCUUACCAGCACAUCAUCCAGAGCAUCGAGAGCACAUCCACCGUCGCUGACGUGGACACUUACCAUGCCUUAGUUGGGAAGAUUUUUGGGGAAUUUCAAACAAGCACACACCCUUUCCCAAAGUUUAUGGAGAAUGGGGAAAUUCCCAGAUACUGCCUUAAUAAAGCAGGUCUGAAUUCAGUGAAAAGAAUUCUCAUUUGUAUAAACCUCCAUUUUCCUGAUGUCAGCUUCUGUCCCAUUCUGCCGGCUCUGGUGUCUCUUCUCUUGCACUUCAGUAAGGAUGAAGCCCAGUGUUUCCACAGUAUUUGUUCCCUUGUGACUUACACAGACCCUAAAAAGCAUUACAUUGACCAGACUUUCCUCACUUCACAUGCCUCAUGCAUGACUUUUGGUGACCUUGCCAAUAAAUACUGCAGGGGAAUCCGGAAGCUAAUAGCCAGCUCUCACCAGAACCUGUUUGAGUUCUACUCUGACUGGAUCAUGUGGAUCUUCACAGAUCUACCUUUCACAUACGCUAUCAGAGUGCUGGAUGUCUAUCUAAUGGAGGGCUACAAAGUUUUAUACCGUGUAGCUCUUGCUCUACUCAGUCUUUACAAGAUCUCCGUGUCUUCACGAGUUGCCCAUGUCGAUGACUUCAGACAGGACAUGAAGAAUUAUGUGCAGAAUGUGGGACAGCACAUUACUAUUGACUCUCUACUUCAGAGGGCUUUUAGUUUACAGAUGCCCACACGCAAAGAGCUGACUUAUCUCUUCAAUGCCAACAAGGAGGCACUAAUUCAUAAGGACAUCCUCAAUAAGAGCUCAUUCCAAGCUAUGGAUUUUCAGGCCUUCAGCUCCUCUGUAGUGACUGAAACAGAGAUGAGGGUGGUCUGGGCUUGGAUUCCAGAGCGAUUUGCUUUAUUCAGUCCUGUGCAGCUAUUCGCUACACAUGUUCAUGGCAGAAGUCUCUCCUCGUUUUAUUCCAGAGUUGAGGGGCACGAUCCAACUGUUUUACUGUUGAAAACUGCAGAUGAGGAGAUUUGUGGGGCUUUCUUGUCCUCUGAUUGGGCUCAGAAGAAUUGUGAUGAAAAGGCAUUUAAGUUCUUUGGCACAGGAGUGUUUGUUUUCACUCUACGACCAGGAAUGGAAAGGUAUCAGCGUACAGUGAUGCAGAUCUCUGGGAUGUCGGACAAAUGUGAUUCCUCUCAUCAGAAACAAACUCUCUCGACUAGUUCUCUGAUAAGCACUCAUUUGGACAGACCCACUGGACUCUCUCAGAAUCAAAGAUACAAGUUUGAAUCAUUCUGCACAGUUUCAAACAUCAAAUUCAUGGCAGGAGACGAUGAGACACUUUUUAUUGGUGGUGAUGGUGGCCAUGCUCUGCACCUGCAGGCUGACCUGUCAGCUGGCUGUUCUGAACACUGUGAUACGUUUGAGAGUCCACCUCUCUGCAGGGGAUGUUUCAAGAUCCAGUCUCUAGAGGUGUGGGGAAUCCAGCAUUCUUUGUUUGUUCCACCGCUGCUUUCACAGUGAAGACUGUGGAGGAAAUGUGUUCACUGUCCACACGGUCACACUAACAAAUGUCAUCAAGCCUUGAGACAGAGCUAAGGACAUUAAAGCAGUUUUUUGUCUGCAGUGUAGGACUACAUGUACAUUGUUGUGCUACUGCAAUAUGAACAUAAGAAAACCCUGUAGAUUUAAGAUUCAAAUUU